AUGAAGCAGAAUUACAUGCUGGCCCUGGACUCGGCUAUCCUCACUCCCAAGGUAUGGGAGACGCUCUUCGACCUCUUCCAGCAGCAUUUUGCUACCAUUUUGCCCUUCUUGCAUCCAGCUACCUCUCUGGCGCAGAUCCGUCAUCUUUCCGGUGGCGGCGGCAGUGCCUCUACUACCACUGGGGCUGCCACAACAACAACUACUACUACUACUACCACCACCACCACCACAGAUGGACAGCAUGCUACUGAUCCAUCCCAGAGCCCAGCACCACGGACAGAGGUGUCUCCCCUGAUUCUGCUCGGAGUCUUGACCCUGACAGCCAGGUUUCACCCUCAGCUGGCUCAGCAUCAUUCUCCUGCGUCGCCAGUGAGCCCGUGCAACCCAACUGCCGCCUCAGAGUUCUACGCCAAUGUCCUCAGGGCGCGGCUGGCCGGCACUGAUGGCUCCGAUAUCACCAUCACCGACCUCAGCCGUGUCCAGGCCCUUCUCAUGCUCUCCUUGCACGAAUGGGGGAUGUGUCGUGGGAAAAAUGCAUGGAUCUACCUGGGCAUGGCUGUCCGGAUAUCCCAGACCAUGGGUCUCUCCUUUGAGCCCACAGAGGACGACGGGCCUUAUCCAUCCCAUUCUCUCUCUAUAUCUACGUCUUCUCACCCUUACUCAUCCCGCCGGCCAUCAAUGCAUGCCGAAUUCGACCAGCAGAGCCAGCACAGGGACCAGCUCAACUCAGACGACGUCAUCGAGCAGGAGACCCGGAGACGGACCUUCUGGAGCUGUUUUAUCCUCGACAGGUGUCUGAGUAACGGCAGGCUGCGUCCAAGGAUGCUCAGGGUGCGUGAGAUCGGCAUCCAGCUCCCCAGCGAGAACGCCUUCGCGUUUGGUGAGCGGGUACGGACCUCCCUGCUAAGUGACGGAAACACCGGCCGCAACGGACCCAGUAGGCGGUCACAGAGUUAUGAUUCUCGUAACGGGUCGGCCACCACGACCACAAACGGAGUACAGAUACCCAGUCUCAGACAGUCGAUCGGAUAUGCAGACGACGUCAAAUCCAAACCCUGGCCUCCAGUUUCCAGCCACAGAAGCGAUGGAAUAGGAGACCGGAUCGAUAGGUGGGAAGUCGGUGUCGAGGAGUGCGUCCUGGGCCGACUUGUUCGGAUUAUCCGAAUAUGGGGCAGCGUUGCGAAAUGGGCUUGCGAAGGAGGCAGGAGGUCUGAUCAAUGCCCCCCGUGGCACCAUGAGUCUCGGUUCAACCAGCUCAGGGACCAACUACAUGAAUUCCAGGACGGACUGUACAGAAACCUGCAGUACAGCGCUCGCAACACCGACACCCACAUCAUGUAUAAAAACUCGCUCGCUCCAUAUGCACUCAUGCACAUCAUCUACUUUCUUUCAGUCAUUGUCUUACAUCGCGCAUACCUACCUUUCCUUCCGCUCCGGCCCAUGGAUCCACAGGGGCCCCUGGACGAGCCAUCAUACCCGUCCGAGAGGUACAGCGUGCCCGACAGCUUCUGGAAGGACAGCGCUCGCGAACUAUUUCGCGCAGCCAGGCAGAUGGUGGAACUUGUUCGCACCUGUCAUGAACGUGGUGUGCUGAUGGAGACGCCCCUGGUCGCCUUCGCAAUCUACAACGCUACCUUCAUGGGCGUGUACGCUGCUCACUUCAACCACAUGGAUCAGGAUGGCUACCUGUGUUUGAAGCCACACUCAAGCGACGGUGGUGCCGCUGGCUCUCCCGGUCGCACUGCAGUAACAAUGAUGGGCGCAGGCAGUCUGGCGCAGGCCGAUGUAAGGAAAUCCAUUGAGGUCCUCGGUGAGAUGAGACCUCGGUUGAAGAUGGCAGUCGGCUGGUUCCGAACUGUCCAUCGUCUACACGGAUAUUUCUGCAAGGUCAAGAGAGACCAGAAGCGUCUCUGGAGGAAGAUGGAGAUGAACGGUGUCGACGGGCAGCAGCAGCAUCCAUCACCAUAUGGAAAUGGCAAUAGGGUAGUUGGCGAUGCUCAGCGGCACAGCAGCCAUAGCCAUAACCAUAACCAUAACCACCAUACUUCCGCCUCGCAGAUUGUCCAGAACAAUCUAUACGAGGAACUUAGACAGCUGGACAAGGUGCUCACAGAUUUGGGUAGUACAGAGGACCAAACGCCUGAGAUGAGCGGGUCGGACGACGACAUGGCUGCGAUGCUUCUUGCGAAUCCGACGGAGCACAGCAGCGAGGCGCAGAGCAACAUUGUCAAGAGUGAGCCAGGCGAGGGUCCAGAUAACUCUGUUACUGCUACAGGUCCCCAUGGCGGCGAGGGACAUGCUGGCAGCCUGCACCGAGACUCAUGGGUACCGGUCAACAGCAGCGGCAGCCCGGCGUCUCACUCGCUGGCCCCCAUCUCAAACGCAGCGACGGCAACUACUUCAGGCGGCGCUGCUGCAUCUACCAUGGUUAUAAUGGCCAACGGAUGCAAGGAGAAUGGCGAGAAACAGUCCUCUGAUUGCGAUAGAUGGCCCAUCCUCCCAGCCCCUCAGCAGCAGGCUGGUCCACCCUCCGGUUCGCCGUACAGCCUGCCUCCCUUCCAGGGCGCAUAUCGUGAUACUCCCUCUACGGGACUGCCAGCCAGCCCUCCCAGCUCAGCAGGGACAACUCUCCCGCCGCCAGUCCCAUCUUCGUCCGCUGCGACUGCACCCACCACAGCAGCCUCUUCGCCAUACUUCCCUGCGACUCCUUCGCCAUCCAACUCGAACUCAAACCAUCGUCUGCAAGCUGUCCAGCCCUGGCCAACAUCCCGCCAGCCUCCUCCUCCCCCGCCACCAUACUCUCAGUCUCUUCCCUCACUGAAUCUGGCUGCCCAGCAGAACUUCCCCUUACCUCCUCUCCAGCCGAGUCUAACCCACAGCGGCCAAGCACUCGGAGCGCAUGGUCAUGGGCAUGGUCCCGGGUCUGGACCAGCGCAGCAUAGUCAUAAUGUAUCGCAUGGCUCAAGCAACAGGACUCCUCCACUUUCCCAGACCAGGCUGGACCUAGGCUCGUUCCUGGCGCCACCACCUACCCAACAGCAACAGCAGCAGCAACAGCAGCAAGCAUCACACCAUCAACAUCAACACCAACACCAGGCGCCGUCUCGGCAUGUUUCACCGUACAGCUCAUAUGAUGCGGUCAAUGCCAAUCCGCUGUGGAUGAGCAGCCUAAAUGGAGAAGACGUCCUUGCCUUUAUCGAGACAGAUAGCUUCGAUAAGUGGUCUACCAUGGUCCCUACGCCCAACGGUCCUCCGUCUCCGGCGUCGCUAUCAAACAUGAAUGGCCAGUAUCAAGCCAGCAACGGCUACAGCUCUACCACCAACACCGGUGCAAACGCCAGCACCAACGCAAACGGAUGGCUAGCUCUUAUCUGGAGCGAAUGUACCCAUUAA